AUGUCCGAAUCAAAGGAACUAAAAAUUAAUGAAUUUACCAAAGAAAAAUAUAUUAAAAUGACGAAUAAAACCAAACAAAUGCCUAUUGAAAAUGAACUUUUGAACUCACUAAACAUUAAAAUUGAUACUAUCAAUGAAAGCGUGGUUGGUCUUUUUGAAUAUAUCCUUCAAAGGUUAGCAGACUUUGAUAAAAGAAUUCAAGAUCUUGAGGAGGCGAAUCUUAACCGAAUUGCUAGUCACUCUGCUGGAUUAGACGAAUGUUCCAAUCUUAAAACUACUUCGGACGAACCUAAUUCAAUUCACAUUGAUGAAUUUCUUGAAAACCUUAAUAAAAGAAUUCAAAAUCUUGAGAUGACAAAUCUUAACCCUAACAAUCCAUAA